AUGACUGCCGGUAGGGGGCGCCACCGCGGGCGUAUCGGCGCACUGUUGCCGCUGCUGCUCCUGGUGAUCGCGGGACGAUGCAGUGCGCAGGGUGUGGGCAAUGAGCUGUGCCCGGAGGCGCGCUGUGACACGCAGAGCGCCAUCGAGACGCUUUGGGGUGUACCGGAUCCUAGCUUCUUCCUGCAGUGUCGCCUGGUGCCGGACGGGAGCUGGCAGCUGGAGCUGAUGCCGUGCGCUCCCGGCACCUGGUUCCACUUCCGGCUGCAGGUGUGCGUGGUGUCGGACGUUUGGGAGGGAUGCGAUGGAACCGAAGGACCCACCACCACGCCGUCGGGUCCCGGGACUGGCGAGCCGGGAACCGAGUUGGAUCCUUGCCCUGGACCUCGCUGUGUGACGUCCGCCGAGAUCAACACGCUGUGGGUGCACCCGUCCCCCGGCCACUUCUAUCAAUGUCGCCCCGGCACGGCCGGUUGGUUCCCGCAGGAGAUGCCGUGUGCUCCGGGCACGCUGUUCAGCUUCCGGCACCAGGUGUGCGUCCACCCGUGGGACUGGGUCGAACCGUGCCCGGGCGGCGUCACGACUGUGACGCCCGGACCCCCCAUCACCACUACGGUGGGACCUCCACCAUCAACCGUGUCGCCGCCACCGACACCACCGAUCGUCGUCGACUGUCUGGUGCCGAACUGUGCGCUCCUCCAGGAUGAAGUCAUCCGGUUUCCGACGCGCGAAGGACCCCAGUACUUCUACCGCUGCGAGCUGCUACUCAACAGUUUCUGGGUCCCACGGUUGGACCUGUGCCCGGGUGGGCUCUACUUUUACUUCGGCGUCCAGGACUGCGUCCAGCCGGUGGACUGGAUCGAUCUGUGCGCCGGCGUCCCGGACGACUUCACGACGACGCAGCUGACGACGGUGGAGCCCCCACCGACAGAGGUACCCCCGCCGAUGCCACUGCCGGUGAUCUGCGGCUCCCCGCGCUGUUCCACCCCCGCCGAGCGCAGUAUCCUGUGGCCGAGCACGGUCGCCGACAUGUUCUAUCGCUGCGUCUGGAACGAACUCCUGUUCCAGUUCGUGCCACGGGCCGAGCGCUGCCAGAAUUUCCUGUUCUUCGACUUCCUCGCCCAGGAGUGUGUGUUCCCGCUCGAUUGGGUUGACAUCUGCCCCAUGUACCCGACGUUGCCACCGCCGCCGGCCCCACCCUGUGCGGAGUGCUGUCCGACGUGCCCGGAAGCGCCCGUAGAUCCGAGCCUCCCGCUGCCGAUCAUCUGCGGACAGCCGCGGUGCGUGCUGGACGAAGAACGAGCCUUCCUGUGGCCGGCCCUGGAGCCGACCGAAUACUACGCUUGCGUCGUCAUCGGCGAGGGUUGGGUCCAGGCGACGCUGCAACAGUGCGCGGCCGGCCUGCUCUUCAACACGCUCGAUCAGCGGUGCGUCACGCCCGAUCUGUACGAUGCCAGCUUCUGUCCCGUGUUUCCGCCGAUCGAUUCGACGACCCCGACACCGGCGCCGACCCCGACGCCGACGGUCUGUCUCGAGGCCUACGAUCCGUCGCCCCUGUUCCCGAUCAUCUGCGAUGUGCCGCGGUGUGGGACGGCCGCGGAGCAGGCUACCCGCUGGCCAGCCUGGGAUUCCGGGAGCUACUUCGUGUGCGAUGGCCCCGGAGCCGUCCUGACGCGCUGCCCGGUCGGCGAAACGUUCCAUUUCCUCGCACAGUGCUGCCGGGCAGGUCCGCCCGCCACGGUGCAGGUUUGCCCGGUGUAUCCGCCGAUCGUGACCAGUCCGCCGAUUCCGCCGUUGCCCAUGUGCCUGCCGGACUUUGAUCCGGUGCCGCUCAUUCCGCUGCAGUGCGACGCGCCGCGGUGCGGGACGCCCACCGAACGGACCACCCUGUGGCCGUCGUCCGAUCCGCAGAUCUAUUACCUGUGCUACGAGCAGCUGCCGGAGCUGUACGAACCGGUCCUGCAGACGUGCCUCGGGACGACCAACUUUGACUUCCUGCAGCAGUGCUGUAGCGCCGACCAGCCCGCCGUCGAUGCGUGCACCCUGUUCGUGGAACCGAUUCCGGACGAGGCGACGCUGCCGCUACCGAUCGAGUGCGAUCGGCCGCGGUGCGUCACCGAGCGGGAGCGCCAGUUCCUGUGGCCGGCCACCGACCGGCAGCUGCUGUAUGCGUGCGAACCCCCGGCCAACGGGGUCGGCGCGGUGUACGAGCCGCGCACCUACACCUGCGGCCCGGGUCAGGCGUUCCACGUGUGGAAACAGGACUGCGUGGCGCUACCGACGGCGAUCCCGGUGGUCAACCUGUGCCCGGUCUUCCACGGGCUCCGGAACGGAACCGCCCCCUGGCAGCCGACUUCCGGGCCCGUCCUGACGCCACCCGCCAUUGGCUGA